AUGUUCCAGCUCUCAAUCAUCAAGGACACAGUAGCUGUUCACCCGUCCCAAUUUGGUCUAUCUCCGGAACAGGCUAUCACAAACGAACUCAACAAGAAGUACGCUAACCGCGUCCUCCAUGACGUCGGACUAUGCAUAUGCGUCUUCGACCUUGCGGAGGUAGGAGAAGGGAAGGUACGAUACGGGGAUGGUUGUCUGUGGUACAAGGUUGUCUUUCGAUUAACAGUGUUCAGGCCAUUUGCAUCUGAAGUCAUCAUUGCGAAAGUGAAGUCAUCAGACGAGGAUGGUGUACGCCUGACUGUUGGCUUCUUUGAUGACAUCUACGUCCCUCUGGUGUAUCUGCCAGAACCAACUGCGUUCGAUCCGAAAGAACGUGCCCACUUCUGGUUGCCGGGCUCGGAGGCCACGUCUACCCAUGAGCUUCUAGACUCGCCACUGACAGACCGGAUGUACAUCGACGCGGGAGACGUCGUUCGGGUCCGUGUGGAAUCCGACCAGUUUCACGACGAUGAGCCCGGUCCGCCCAAGGCGCACGAAGGUGUACAGCAAAUAAUCGAGAAUCGCCGGCCACCCUACACUAUCACGUGCUCGAUGUCGGAACAAGGGCUCGGACCUAUCUCUUGGUGGAAGAAUGCUGGCGUGGAAACGAUGGAGGAGGGCUGA